AUGUUCAGCAGCAGCAGCAACAUCUUCGCCGUGUGCAUCGCCGCCGCCGCCGUCGUGUCAAGCGGAGUGAGCGCGGAGCAGGAGGUGGCCCAGACUUUUGCCCAUAUCCACCCCGGCUACAUCCACAACAACCACGUGCACAACACCCGCUUCCACGGUGUGAUCCCAGUCUCCGGUGCCGCUUGUACGGCCCCGGCGUGUAUGCUCCCGGUGUGGGAGUCGGUGUCGGCGUGCCUGGCGUGGCUGGUGUCGGUGCCAAUGUCGGUGUCAAUGUCGGUGUGCCUGGCGUGGCUUGCGUUGGAGCCAAUGUCGGUGUCGGUGUGCCUGCUGUCGGCGUCGGCGGUCCCUGGAUACAACGCGGCGGCGCCUGCAAAUGCCGUCUCCAACGCGAAUGUCGGUGCGCCCGCGAAUGCCAACGCAUAUACCGGCAAUGCUGUCUCCAACGCGAAUGCCGGCGCCCCCGCAAAUGCUAACGCCUACGCAGGCGCACCCACCGCCGUGGCCAACGCUGGCGGUGCCAACGCCAACGCGAAUACCAACGUCGGCGCUGGCCCCGGUGGUAACGAUGGCCCUGUCCAGACGAGCGGCGGCGCGACUGCGACCGCCACGGCGACUGCGAACGCUAACAAGAACGCUGGUCCGCGCAGAACACUGCAACUGGUGACACGGGCGCUAUGUCUCAGAAGGCCUACCGUCAGCUUCGCUCGGAGUAAGGAGCGGGUCCGUUACGACGUUCUUACCGUCGGAUCGGUAUGGUCAGCUCUGCCUGA